AUGGAUCAUUUAGUUCAUCAUCUAUCGAAAGAUGAUAUUCAACGAACACUUAUUAAUAACAUAAAAUAUCAACCAGUGGAUUGUAUUGUAAACUCUGAAUAUAAAUUUCCUCAAUGUCAUGUCUUUUCAUUACCGUUUAUGUUUGAACGUCUCAACGAUAUUGGUAAUACAUUUCCAAAUAUUAUUUUCAAUCAUGUUAGAAAAUUAUCGGUGAAAGAUAAUUUUCCAUUCAAACGUGAAUUUUUCAAGCGAAUUGCUUUCUCUUUUCCUUUGCUUAAAGACUUAUGUGUUGUUAAUUCUAAUCCACAAUCAUCAAUAUCCGACGAACGAAACUCUAAUGAUAAUCAAUUAUAUUCAAUUGUUAAAUUGAAUUAUCUUAAUUCUCUUUUUCUUGUGAAUGUUCAUAUUGACUAUGUCGAUCAAUUUCUCAAUGAGAGAAAAACACAUCUACCUCGUCUAACUGUAUUAGCAAUUGAUGAUAAUCAUUUAACAAUCGUCACAGAUAACUUUACAAAAGAUACAACACGGCUUAAUUGUAUUAAUGUGAAAAAAUUAGAAUUGUUUAACGAAAGAGUAACAACACAUUCAAAAGACUUUUAUGUUUAUUUUCCUUUGUUAAAAUCUUGA